GCAACUUAGCAUAGAGAGAAAAGUUCAUCGGAGCUCUCGCAAACCACCGCACAACAUGACAACGUGCACAGUGCAGUGAAUCUCACUCCUGAUCACAGGCAGGCAGCACUGGGCACUGCCCGCCAUGCAGGGCCGGGCAGGAAAAGCCCCCAAACGGGAGAUGGUGAUAGAGUCACCACAGAAGUACAAGUGCUUGGCUGAGAUUGAUGCAGAGGUGGAGGCUGGGUCACAGGUGGCAUCGGUCAGGCCCAAGGUCAUUGAGCCUCUGGACUAUGAGAGUGUGAUCACACAAAGCAAAAUGCAGAUCAUCAGUGAUGCUCUGCGGGACAUGCUGCAGUUCCCUGUGGAUGACUUUCAGAUCUGCACUCUGAGCCGCCAAGGUCGGACUGUGCUCUCUACUGUGCCAGAAAAUGCAGAACAAGAAGCACAGUCACUGUUUGUCCAAGAGUGUAUGAAAACAUAUAAGUCAGACUGGCAUGUGGUCAAUUACAAGUAUGAGGAAUAUUCCGAGGACUUCCGACAGCUUCCCAAUAAGGUAUUAAGGCCCGAAAAACUGACCAGUCACCUUUUUGAGGUGGAUGAAGAUGUGGAAAAAGAUGAGGACACAGACUCCCUUGGGUCUCACAACGGAGGAGUGUCUAAACACGGUUGGCUGUACAAAGGCAACGUGAACAGUGCAAUCAGUGUUACUAUGCGAUCCUUCAAAAGGAGAUACUUCCAUCUAGCUCAGCUUGGUGAUGGAUCAUACAACUUAAAUUUCUACAAAGAUGAAAACACCUCCAGGGAACCCAAAGGAACGAUCUUCCUUGACUCAUGCAUGGGCGUUGUUCAGAACAAUAAAGUAAGGAGGUUUGGCUUUGAGCUGAAGAUGCAGGAUAAGAGCACAUUCCUGCUGGCUGCAGAGAGUGAACUGGAAAUGGAAGAAUGGAUCAGUACCCUCAACAGAAUUCUCCACAGCAGCUUUGAACAGGCGAUGCAGGAGAAACAUCACAGGGACUUACGAGAUUAUGAGGAUGACAGAAAAGCCGACCUCUCCUCUGGAAGUUUUCAAGACAGCUUUCAGACGGCCAGAGAUAUUGAGUUUAAGAUGAGGAGUGAAGCCAGGCUGAAACUGUUUACAUUGGAUCCUGACGUACAGAGACUGGAUUUCACUAGCAUUGAGCCAGAUGUGUGUCAGUUUGAGGAGCAAUUCGGAAAGAGGGUCAUGGUCACCUGUCAUGGCUUGUUGUUCAACCUGCAGUGCUGCAUUGCAGAGAAUGAAGAGGGGCCAGUAACUAAUGUGGAACCUUUCUAUGUGGUUCUAUCCCUCUUCGAUGUUCAGAACAGCAGAAAAAUCUCAGCUGAUUUCCAUGUGGAUCUCAACCACCCGUUGGUCCGACAAAUGACACAAGGCUCUGCUUGCGGCCAUGACUUGCACAUGAAUGGCUGUAAGGGUGAGGAUCCCUUUGGUAGCCAAAGGCUGGCCAGUGGGUUAUCAGAGACAGCUCUCCAAUACCCCAAACAGGGGGUGUUCUCAGUCACAUGUCCCCAUCCUGAGAUCUUCCUGGUGGCAAGGAUUGAGAAGAUCCUCCAAGGGGGGAUUACCCAUUGCACUGAACCCUACAUGAAGAGCUCAGACUCGACAAAGAUGCCUCAAAAGGUACUGAAGAAUGCAAAGAUGGCCUGCAGCAGAUUGGGCCAGUACCGGAUGCCGUUCGCCUGGUCUGCAAGGCCUGUGUUUAAAGAUGCAUCAGGAACUUUGGACAAAAACACUCGCUUCUCAGCUCUUUACCGACAAGACAGCAACAAGUUAACAGAUGAGGACAUGUUAAAAUUUCUCACUGACUUUAGAAAACCAGAGAAAAUGGCUAAACUUCCCCUGCUGUUAGGGAAUCUGGAUGUAACUAUUGAUUGUGUGGCCCUGGAUGUUACCAAUUGCCUCACUUCCUCCUAUAUACCUUUGAGGAACUUUGAAGUAAAUGGGUCAAGCAGCACUGCUCUGGAGGUGGAGGAAUUUGUACCCUCCAUUGCCAAGUGCUCCAAACCCUUUACCAUCUAUAAAAACCAUCUUUAUGUGUAUCCAAAGCACCUCAAAUAUGAUGGUCAGAAAUCUUUUGGUAAGGCCAGGAAUAUUGCAGUUUGCAUUGAAUUCAAGGAUUCUGACAAAGAGGAAGCCCAGCCACUGAAGUGCAUCUAUGGCUGUCCUGGAAGUUCUCUAUUCACCAAACAGGCCUAUGCGGCUGUUUUGCACCACCAACAGAACCCUGAGUUCUAUGAGGAGAUAAAGAUUGAGUUGCCAACUCAACUGCACCAAAAGCACCACCUUCUUUUUACCUUCUAUCACAUUAGCUGUGACAGCAAAAAGAAGAAGAAAGAUCUGGUGGAGACCCCAGUGGGCUCAGCUUGGUGGCCUCUGCUAAGAGAUGGCAGGGUCAACAUGGCUGAACAGCAGCUACCAGUGACUGCUCAUUUACCCCCGAGCUACCUCAGUUCCCUUGAUGCUGUCACUAGGCAUUCUGGCUUGGACAUCAAGUGGGUUGAUGGAGGAAAGCCUCUGUUCAGAGUCUCAGCGCUUCUUGUUUCCACAAUUUACACUCAGGAUCAACACCUGCACAAUUUCUUCCACCACUGUGAAAGCAUUGAAGUGUACGAACAAGCAUCAGAGGGCAGGCUGGUGAAAUUCCUAAAGAGUCUCCACGCGGUGGAGGGUCAUAUCAUGGUGAAUUUUCUGCCCACCAUCCUCAACCAGCUGUUUUGUGUCCUCACCAGGGCCUCACAUGAAGAUGUGGCUGUCAAUGUGACAAGGGUAAUGGUGCACAUUGUAGCACAGUGCCAUGAAGAGGGGCUUGAGCGUUACCUGAGGUCUUAUGUCAAGUUUGUCUUUAAACCAGAGCUUUAUUCCUCCAACAAUGUAAGAAACAUUCAUGAGGAGCUGACAAAAGCCAUGACAGCAAUUCUGAAGCCAUCCACUGAUUUCCUAACAAGCAACAAGCUGUUGAAGCACUCGUGGUACUUCUUUGAAGCGUUGGUCAAAUCAAUGGCUCAUUAUCUCAUAGAGAGUUGUAGAGUCAAGCUAUCAAGAAACCAACGUUUUUCUGCCUCCUUCUACCAUGCUGUCGAGAGCUUGGUCAUUAUGCUGAUGCCUCACAUCACCCAGAAAUACAAGGACAACCUGGAUGCGGCACGCAAUGCUAAUCACAGCCUAGCAGUUUUCAUUAAACGGUGCUUCACCUUUAUGGACCGUGGUUUUGUGUUCAAGCAGAUCAAUAACUAUGUGAACUGCUUCAUACCUGGCGACCCCAAGACUUUGCAAGAGUUUAAGUUUGAGUUCCUGAGAGUUGUGUGCAACCAUGAGCAUUACAUCCCUCUCAAUCUUCCAAUGCCAGUUGGAAAAAGCCGCAUACACAGGUUUCAAGAUUUUCAACUGGACUACUCCCUGACUGAUGACUUCUGUCGAAACCACUUUCUGGUGGGUCUGCUGCUGAGGGAGCUGGGGAGCGCGUUACAGGAGAGCCGAGAGAUUCAGCAGAUCGCCAUCCAGGUGCUGAAGGGGCUGAUGGUUAAACACGCAUUUGAUGACCGCUAUGCUGCCAAAAGCUAUCAGGCCAGACUUGCCACACUCUACCUGCCCUUGUUUGGCCUACUGCAGCAGAACACCCACAGACUGGAAAGCAAGGAGUUUGUCCUUCCAAGUCACCAAAAAAACCCGCGGGAGGACUUGCUGGUGGUGAACUCACUGGUGACCCCGCAAAAGCAUAGCACUUACAUAGACAAAGAUGUUUUCGGAGCAAUUCACAUUGCAGACUCCAGAAGCUCCCUGGUUUCCACCGACUCUGAAAGCAGCCUGCUGGACAAGAGUUAUGACAGGGCACACUCCCAGGAGAAGAACCAGUCUGCUUCAUCUUUGGGAAGCGCUGUGCUGAGUUGCAACAAAAUGGACCGAGACGAGAGCAAAAACCUGCUCAUGUGCUUUUUGCAUAUCCUUAAGAGCAUGUCAGAAGAUGCCCUUUAUGCAUACUGGAAAAAAGCAUCAUCAUCUGAGCUAAUGGACUUUUUUACACUCUUAGAAGUCUGUCUUCAUCAGUUUAGAUACAUGGGGAAGCGAGUCGUUGUCAGGAACCAUGAUGUGGCAAUGCCUCUGGGUCCAGCAGAUCGGAAGUCGUUAACUUUGCCUGUGUCUCGAAACAGGGCAGGGAUCCUGCAUGCCCGCUUGCAACAGCUUGGGACAUUGGAGGUUUCACACUCACUCAACAACAUGUACUCCCAUACAGAAGUCGAUGUAAGCAGCCAAUGUUUGCUGGAGGCCAACGUGUCCACAGAAGUCUGUUUGACUGUGCUGGACACACUGAGCAUUUUCAUUAUGGGAUUUAAGAGCCAGUUGAACUCAGAUCUUGGCCACAAUCCACUGAUGAAGAAAGUAUUUGAGGUGCAUCUGUGCUUCCUGCAAAUACCUCAGUCUGAGGCUGCUCUCAGGCAGGUCUUCACCUCACUGAGGACUUUUAUCUACAAGUUCCCCUGCGCGUUCUUUGAUGGCCGGGCCGACAUGUGUGCCUCCUUAUGCUAUGCGAUCCUGAAGUGUUGCAACUCCAAGCUGAGCUCCCUCCGAAAUGCCGCUGCCAAUCUCCUUUACAUUCUAAUGAAGAGCAACUUUGACUACACCAGAUGUAAAUCGUUUGUCAGAACCCACCUGCAAGUGGUAAUUGCUGUCAGUCAGCUGAUUGCUGAUGUCAUCGGCAUCGGUAGCACACGUUUCCAGCAGUCUUUAUCGAUCAUUAACAAUUGUGCAAAUGGUGAUGAAAGCAUCAAGCAUACUGCGUUCCCAUCAGAUGUGAAGGACCUGACCAAACGAAUCAGAACAGUGCUGAUGGCAACUGAGCAAAUGAAGGAGCAUGAGAACGACCCAGAGAUGCUGGUGGACCUCCAGUAUAGUUUGGCCAAGUCGUACACAAGCACGCCAGAGCUCCGCAAGACCUGGUUGGAUAGCAUGGCACGGAUCCACAACAAGAAUGGCGACCUUUCAGAGGCAGCCAUUUGCUAUGUCCAUGUUGCAGCUCUGGUAGCUGAGUACUUGUGGAGGAAAGGAAUGUUCAGCCAUGGCUGCUCAGCAUUUCGCGUCAUCACUCCAAACAUUGAUGAAGAGGCAGCCAUGAUGGAGGAUCUAGGAAUGCAAGACGUCCAUUUUAAUGAGGAGGUACUCAUGGAGCUGCUGGAAGAGUGUGCUGAUGGCCUUUGGAAUGCAGAGCGCUAUGAGCUCAUCCCUGAUGUCUACAGGCUCAUCAUUCCCAUUCAUGAAAAACGCAGAGAUUUUGAGAAACUGACACAUGUGUAUGAUACCCUCCACCGUGCGUACACUAAAGUUUUGGAAGUAAUGCAUACUGGAAAACGCCUGCUGGGCACAUACUUCAGAGUGGCAUUUUUUGGACAGGGCUUUUUUGAGGAUGAAGAUCGCAAAGAAUACAUCUACAAGGAGCCAAAGUUCACACCUCUGUCUGAGAUUUCACAGAGGCUCUUGAAGCUCUACUCAUACAAGUUUGGUCAAGAGAAUGUCAAGAUCAUCCAGGACUCUGGAAGGGUGAACCCAAAGGACCUGGAUGCAAAAUACGCCUACAUCCAGGUGACGCAUGUCAUGCCAUACCUCGAUGACAAGGAGUUGGAGGAGAGGAAUACUGACUUUGAGAAAAGCCACAACAUCCGUCGUUUUAUGUUUGAGACGCCCUUUACAUUGUCGGGCAAGAAGCAGGGUGGUGUAGAGGAGCAGUGUAAACGACGGACCAUUCUCACCACCACCCACUGUUUCCCAUAUGUGAAGAAGCGCAUUGCUGUCAUGUACCAACAUCAGAGUGACCUUAGCCCCAUAGAGGUCGCAAUAGAUGAGAUGAGUGUGAAAGUGGCUGAACUGCGAUUGCUGUGCUCGGCCUCCGAGGUGGACAUGAUCCGGCUACAACUUAAAUUGCAAGGCAGCGUCUGUGUUCAGGUCAAUGCUGGUCCUCUUUCUUAUGCCAGAGCCUUCUUAGAUAACACUAGUGCCAAGAAAUACCCCGACAACAAGGUCAAACAGCUCAAAGAAGUUUUCAGGCAUUUUGCGGAGGCCUGUGGUCAAGCACUGGGUAUAAAUGAACGGUUGAUUAAAGAGGAUCAGCAGGAGUAUCAUGAUGAAAUGAAGGCCAACUACAGGGAUCUGACCCGGGAGCUGUCAAAUAUCAUGCAUGAGCAGAUCAACCCAGUGAAUGAUGGCACCAGGGGCUCGUUCUCAGACUCAAUGGGCAUCUUCAGUGCCAUUAGUGGCACACCCAACAGUGCCACCAUGUUCUGAUAUGGAUAAUUUCACAUCAAACUCCGGGCUGUCCCAGCUUUGUGAUUUGUGAUUCAGUGAACUCUACACUCAAGUCCCUCAAUAAGUCCAGUUAUUUCUUUCUGCUGCUCUCUUUUGCUGUUAUGAGUAAGCGCUUGUCGACAGUAAAUCACUAUUGACAUAAACGUUUUAUAUUUCUA